AUUUGACUAUGUAUGUUACUAUGCUCUAGAUAAUGUACCUGGGUGCUGCUAAUAAUAACAAAGCAUCAACUGCACUUGGCUUCUUCAUGAACUCUGUUGAAAAGUUUGGCUUUCCAUUACGAGUUAGAGGAGACCAAGGAGUUGAAAAUGUUGGUAUUGCUCACUGUAUGUUCACUGUUCGUGGCUGUGGAAAAGCAAGCUACAUUUCAGGGAAAAGUGUGCAUAAUCAGAGAGUUGAGCGCUUGUGGCGUGAUGUGUGGAUGGCAGUAACAAGUACUUAUUACGAGCUGCUUCACAGUCUUGAAGAGCAUGAUCUACUCAAUCCCUCGGACAGCCUACACUUGUUCUGUGCCCAGUACGUCUUUGUGCCACGCCUUCAAAUGGACCUUGACCUCUUCACAGAUGGCUGGGAUAACCAUCCCCUGCGUACUGAACAAAACCUGACUCCUAAUCAACUUUGGUCCAUUGGACUUUUACAGAAUCCUGUGCCAGCAGCAGAGAAUCUAGAGGAUUUGCAUAAUCAUGGCAUCUUGGACCCUGACAGUUUGGGAGGAGAGCCUGCUGUUGGAGUUGUUGUACCACACAUCCAGUGCCCCCUGGAGCCACAUGGUAUGGCUGGACUUAGAGAAGCUGUUGAUCCUCUGAGUCCCUCUCAGGACAAUGGAAAAGACCUUUACCUGGCUGCACUUACCUAUGCAACAUUUCAUUCAUAAACUGAGCAGUAUAACAUAGAUGCUGGCUAUUAAUGGUUUUUAAGGUUCAGUUAAAAUUUUGAAGAUUUAAAAUGGAUACUUCUUGCCUGGUCUUUUAUAAAUUAAAAUGUCCAUUAUUAGAAAAAAUGUUUUUCAUUUUUAAUGUUUUGCAUAAAUUCUG